UGAGCUGUGUACAAACAAAAUAUUUAACUUCGUCUUUUUUUUUUGUAAAUAUAAUAUUUUUUCCUAUAAUCAUCUAACCUAAUUAAUUUAUCUAAAGGAGUGUAACAUCUUUAUACUUUCGGUGAUCGAUCAUUCAAAUUGCUUUUCCGCAAAUCAAGGAACAAAACUAAUGAAACUAUUUUCAUUGCAUUCUUAACAACUUUAAUUUUAUUUUACCAAACGUUUGGUAAAGUACGAAUCACUCUUCUGACCAAUUAACCCACCAAACGUUUGGCAAUGGGUGCACCAUCAUAUUUAAAUAUAUAGUCUCUACUCGACCAACAUAAACCCAAGAAGAAUGGCCCGAUCACUAAAUCUCACAGCCCUCCUCUCUUUCAACUUCUUCAUCAUUUCAUUCUUUCUAACGCAAACACAAGCAACAAACAGCCAAACCAUAACCGAACUUACCGAUACAAACCGUAAUAUACCAGUGCCGGAGAAUCACCCGAGCACAACAGAUGGAGAAGAAGAGCAAGAGCCAGUCUUUGUCCGAGAUACAGGACAUGGUUAUGGUCUAUAUGGCGGUCGCACAAGCCACACCAACAAUGAAGAAGAUAACUCAAACGAGAACAACGACAACGACAACGAUCAGUUUUACUAUAGAAGCGACGCCUUUGGAAACCGCAAUGGUAGAUUCUAAAUAAAGAGAUUGGUAUUUCUGUUUCGUUUCUUUUUGGGAUUAUUUUGAGAUUUUGGAUCGUUUUGGGUACAUGUUCGGAUUGGCAGCUCUUAAAAUGAUAUAAAGACUUCAAGUUUUUUGUUUUUAGGAGUCGAAUAACUGUAAGUUGUAAUCUUCUUACGACCAUAGCGGUUGAUGGAAGAAGCGUGAUGUCCUGAAUAAGCCUGAAGUUAACAAAACAAGUUCCAUUGCGGUUGUAACUUCCAACUCUAUAAAUCAUCAACAACUCAUCACGUCUCCCUUUAUUCUAACGAUCCAGGUGGUGUUAUUGAAUUAAUGAAUUCAGUAGACUUUAAUGGAAUUCAAAUUCAAAGUGAAAUCCAUUGUUAUUGGAUUGGGUAUUUGUUAUAUGGAAUUGAAAUGCACUAAAAUCACCUGUUAUUCAAUUUUCAUUUGAUUUUGUUAGAAUUCAUUUUUAUGAGACUUUAAUGGACUUUUGUAUCUGAAAUAAGAGUAAAACAAAUACUCCGUUUUUGCUUAAUAUUUUGAAGGAAUUCAACUGUAUAAUAAUUAGAAUACGAGAGAUCUAUCUCACGUUCUCAGACAUUGAAUGAGAAAUUGAAAUAUAACCGAAGACAUAAAGAUCUCCUGUAAGCUUUUUCUCUAAUUUUCUGCAUAAUUCACCUUUUUCGGGAAUUGAAACUCAGAUUUCUUCCUGUAAAAAUUGCGUUGUCUGGAAUUCGAACCCCAGACCUGGAUGUAGAAACCUUUAAAACUUUGACCACUAGGCCACGAUGCAUCCACCAUCACAGGAGUUUUGAUUGGAAAAAUACCAACUUAAAUUUCUACUUCCUUUUGCUGCUUUUUUCUCUCAUUAAUACUCUUAUUAAAAUUGUUGGUAUUUACUGCUAAAUGAUUAUAAAAAUCAACAUAUCCAAAGAUAUAUAAACCAAUAACAUAUAUGAUAAGUACUUUUUAUUGUCUAAAACAGCUUCAAGUUUAAAAUGCUGGGGAAAUUACGAUUGUAAUUAAUUUGUAAAUUUCUAAAGAAUCAAGUCCAAAAGGUAGUAAUGUUCAUUCUUGAGUUGUACAUGGAAAAAAAAAUUAAGAGAAAAAAAUUAUAAAUGAGAGCAAAAACCUUAAUUAGCGUGCUCGUUAAUUGAUGGUCAGAUAUGUGCGCAUUUAGCAAAAAAACUUACCGCAAAAAUAAGGUAAUUUAGAUUACCUCACUUUAUAGGCAACAAUGGAACAACAACAACAACAACAUCAAGACAAAGAGAGAGAGAGACUGGAGUACCAACAAGGGAUCGAACACCGGGCCCAAGAGUCUUAGAUAAAGACACCAACCACUAUGACCAGAUCCAAUUUGGUGUUGACUAGCAAUUAUAUUACAAUUUAACUUUUAGCGAUAUUGCUUCCGUCAAAUUAGAUCCAGUAGACAUAACCCGAGUAGCCUGAUUACAACUGACGGGACAAUUUUAUGCAUAUGAAUAAGGCAAAACACUUGAACAAAACAUUAAGUAUAGAAUAUAAUUUAAAAACAAACGCUCGUACAUACCAACCAAACAAACCAUAAUGAUUAGGGAUGAGGCCAGUAAGGGAACUUGGUAGAACUCAAUAUAUCUUCCUCAGCGCAAAACAAAUUGCAACGUUUGGUGUUGAUAUCGUAAGUUCCAAAGUUGUAUCCCGAAAAAUAGAUGCAAUUAGCUCUGAGACCAGGAUGCGAGCUAGCCCGGACGCAAAAAAGUUCACCAUGUCCAAGAAAGAUACAAAGAUCUCCAAUGUCGACUGUGUAGAACAAUUGUUUUUUCUUCUUUUCUAUACUAUAGGAUGGUCCCCUGCUCUAAACACGAUGAAGUCUACUGUUCUGCUUGUGACUUGCUUCGACCCUUUGUAAAUCUCAUAUUCAUCAUAGAAAAACCUGGAAACAUAUGGGAAACUCAUAUCAAAAUAAUAAUAAUAAUCCCUGGUUUUAUUAAAACAAGAAAACUGUUGGGGGUGGAUUUACAUCUUCUUCAAGGUCCAUUAGACAUUGAACUAGGCCCAUGUUGCUAGAAAGCCCUAAGCUUCAUCUUUCUAUAAAUAAAGAGCUCUUCCUUAUGAGAAAGGAUAUCAUCUUCUCUCCAUUUUACACUUAGAACACAUCUUGUAAAGAGUUCAUGAUUAUUAGAUUUACUUUACACUAGUAAUCAUACUUGUAAUACAAUCUUUAAUCAAUAAACUCUUUUUAUGUUCAUUUCCCAUUUGAUUUCAUCUAAAGAUUUCUCCUAAGCCUCAAGAAUCUAAUUCUCAUUCUUAAAUUCUUUUAUUGUAUUGAUUCAACCAAAAACACCAGCAUAAACAUCAUUUUUGGAUCAAACAGUUGGCGCUAGAAGGAGGGGGCAAGGAGAACCAUCUUUAAAGCAUAUCAACUUUGGAAAAAUUCUAGAUCUAUCUUCAUCUCAAGCUAAAAGAUAAAGCUUUCUCAUGAAAGCUUUGUUUUUGUUGGGGAUGGGACUCUCAUCAAGCACUUGGUCGGAGUAUUGAAAUCAUCUUUGAAAAGAUAAGUUUCACAAUCUCAUCUCAUUAUUAAAAUUCGAUUGAUGUUAUGCAUAAUCGUAGACAUACGCUUAAUUUAUCAAAGGAAUGGGGAUAAUAAAAAAAUAUUAUUUAUGACCUUAGGAUGAUUUUUGACCGACGACUCCCAGAGAACUCCGGAGGGGACUCGUAGACAGACGCCGUCGAUGUUCUUUUCUCAUGUUCGUUGGCUUCCAUUCCAUCGCCGCCAACAACGAGCUAGCCUGUGACGGAAGGAGAGAUCGAGCAGAGCUGUUUCGUUGUGUUCCGUCUACGGACAAGGCUUCUCCUGCAGUAGCCGUACCGUCCAGAUGGAGCUCCGGCAAAGGAAACAGAGUGGGUCACGGGUCGAUCCUUGAGCCGACGAGACUCAGACAACUUCUAAUCUCCGGCGAGUUUGUAAAAGGACGAGGUCGUCAUUGCUUCCUCAGAUACGUCGAGCUCCAUUCUGUUAUCGCCUACAACAGGCCAGAUUGGACAAGAACAACGAUUAUCGUUGAUUCCUGAUAGAUUGCGACCAAGGUCAAGACUUGAUCUCGACAACACCGGCAAUCUCGUCAGUCAAGAUCCUAGCAGCUCGUCAUCAGAAGAUUCGAUCUCGGCCACUCCUUGUUGAACGGUUCAUGCCAGCGCGGAAACCUCUACCGAAGACAAGCUAGGUUUUUCGAGGGUUCCUGUAGAGAGCGUUCAUGCCUGUCAAAGUGUCUUCAGUCUCCAGAUUGGAGCCACCGCUUUGCUCGCGGCAGAGACGGGGGUCGGAGAUUUGAUCCUGGUGGCGUUUAGAGCAAACUCUCCCAACGAGCUUAAUCUCAUCAGCGCUGCGGACUUGAUCUCUGGAAAGCUCAACACUUUAUCUCGUCACAAGAUUCUCCUCGCCACGACUCGCUUUGCGAAAGUGAAUAGGCUUCCGAGAAGGAGAUGAGUGUUGAGUUCAAGCUCCAUUAAUGGAAGUAACCAGCUUUACCUCUCUCUGUCAAUCUCGAGCUCCAUACCUCGUCACCACAACCACCUUGUGCUCAUCACGAGGUCUCGGAGGCAGAGGAUCGAUCUACGUCCAGUACUCGGGACGGUCAUCACCUGCUUGGCACGAGCGAUAGAAUAGGAGGAGUGUUCCUCCAUGACGAGGGGAAGCAUCAAUUGGUCAUGAUCAUGCCGACGCCAAGCUCUCCAACAAGGUCGUGCUUCUUCAGGGAACAUCUCGUCUCACUCCGUCAAUGGCUGUUCUCUCGUUAUGACAGAAUCCUUGAGCUCGUGCGGUUUAAACGCCGGACAACAGGCACGUGCUUUACUCGGCACUGGCCACGUCUUCAAGCGCUCCACCGCUAGAAGCUUGUUCCUGGCUUCAAGCACUGCUUCAAAACUCCAAAAGGAACAGAAGAAAACAGAGGACAUGACCAUUGUGGUCUCUCUUCACGGUCCACUCAUGGUCAUCUACAA